CGGCGCGGAGUGGGCAGCGGGCGAACGCGGGUGCUCGGCAGUUUCUGCUUCUCGGACUCCGGCUCCUCCUGCUCCUUCGGCUCCCGCUCCUUCGCUGGGAGAGCCCGCCCGCCUGCCUGUCCGCCUACCCGCGCAGUUUGUGCGCCAGCGCCUUGUCCCGCUGGGCACUCGGAGGCCAAAGUUGCCCCGCACGACUGAGCGGGAGAGCUCGGGCUGCGGCAGCCCCGCCGGCGGCGCGCACCGCAAGUUUGCAGAGGCGAGUGGCAGUCCCAGCGGCGAUGACUCCGUGGCUCGGCCUCGUGGUGCUCCUGGGCAGCUGGGGACUGGGGGACUGGGGCGCCGAGGCGUGCACUUGCUCGCCUAGCCACCCCCAGGACGCCUUCUGCAACUCCGACAUCGUGAUCCGGGCCAAGGUGGUGGGGAAGAAGCUGGUGAAGGAAGGGCCUUUUGGCACGAUGGUCUACACUGUCAAGCAGAUGAAGAUGUACCGAGGCUUCACCAAGAUGCCCCACGUGCAGUACAUCCACACGGAAGCUUCCGAGAGUCUCUGUGGCCUGAAGCUGGAGGUCAACAAGUACCAGUACCUGCUGACAGGCCGUGUCUACGAUGGCAAGGUGUACACGGGGCUGUGCAACUUCGUGGAGCGGUGGGACCAGCUCACCCUCUCCCAGCGCAAGGGGCUGAACUAUCGCUACCACCUGGGCUGUAACUGCAAGAUCAAGUCCUGCUACUACCUGCCCUGCUUCGUGACCUCCAAGAACGAGUGCCUUUGGACCGACAUGCUCUCCAACUUCGGCUACCCCGGCUACCAGUCCAAACACUACGCCUGCAUCCGGCAAAAGGGCGGCUACUGCAGCUGGUACCGGGGCUGGGGCUCCCCGGACAAGACGACCAUCAACGCCACCGACCCCUGAGCGCCAGACCCUGCUCCACCUCUCUUCCCUCCCCACCCGCUGAGCUUUCCUCGGACACUAACUCUUCCCAGAUGGUGACAAUGAAAUUAGUGCCUGUUUUCUCGCAAAUUUAGCACUUCGAACACUUAAAGAAAAAAAGAAAAUCUAUACUGUCAUGGAUUGAUUUGGAACUCGUCUCCUGGCCCCACCCCCUCCCCUUCGUUUAGGCUUUGACCUCACCCAUGUCCACCUGGGAAUUCUGGUACCAUGCCAGCAUACGCCUCUUCUUCGUGAUAAUAUAAUCUAUAUUUUUUUAGGAAAACAGAAAUCGAAAAACUAUCCCAUCCAGGCAUUGUCAUACCUGCUCCUCUCUUAUCUUCCCCAUCUCCCAACACCCCCCCCUCCGCCCCCCAGCACACAGACAUGGAAGUUUCUGGAAGGCCAACUGUUUCAGGAUCAGGUAGGGUCGAGGUGCAUGUAUGUUCCAGCCGGACUGUGUCUGACUGUGUCUGCAGGAAGAGACGGCCAGAGAGGGAGAGAGGACACAGAUGCACAGAGCUGCCCCCCACCCCACCCCCGGCCCUGCUCGGGCUGGCCAGAUGUUUCUGAGUCUGAAGCCAGCAGCCAGGCCUGCAGCACAGCACUUUGUCAGAAGACAGGAAGGGACAAAGGCUCGGGAGCCAGACAGAGAUCAAUGUCUUUGCUGUCCCUGCCUCUCGCGAGAGUUCCUCCUGGAAAUCUCUUUGGUGGACUGGGCUGGGGGCUUGCCUUCGUGUAAAUGGGACAAAUACACACCCCAGAUGCUAUCCGCAGUUAGAGCCCCGGAGGUGUGGGUUGAGAAUACUAUUUCCAAAGUAGUGCUUAGCUCACCUAGGGGAUGUGUUUGUACACGCCUUGGCAUAUACCCACAUGGGACAUAAGCUAAUUUUUUAUAGGACACAGAAUUCUGUUCAAUGCUGUUAAAUACGCCAGUAGUUUAAUCUCUCAUUGUUGCUUGUUUGAAGAAAAUCAUGACAUUCCAAGUUGACAUUUAUUAAAAAUCUGAACACCCUCUUUUCCCCAUUCUUGGGCUCCUCUGGCCUCUGUCCCUCUGCUAGGCAACCACCGUGCUGGCGUGGCCGGGGCGGAGGGUGACAUUGGGGGUUGGGGGCCUGGGCACAGGAGGGAGAGCUGCCGAGGGUCUUGCCCUGGCUAGAUGGCUGCCCACCCCAGUCCCAGCGCCCGAGGUCCUUACCUUGUGGAAUUAAAAACUGAGGGGGUUACCUGGGAAGCCUGGCUCUGUACACAGCUGGAGAGGGCUUUUGUUGUGCUCUUUGAAAUAAAACUAUAAUAUAAAUUCUCCUAUGAAAUAAGAUUAUUUUUAGUGUUGGAAGGGAGAUGCUGAGCUUAGGCGAUAACGUGUAUCUCUUACGGAGGUGGGGCUGGUGGGAAGGGGACGUUUAACGUGAUUGCUCUCUCUCUCUCUCUCACCAGAUUAUGAGUAUGUAUCCUCUAUUAGCAUUUGUAUCUUCAGUUCAUUCCACUUUAGGAAACAGCUGCCAAUUGAACAGGAGCAAAGAAAAGUAGGCAACAGGUCAUAGUGUCUUGCGCAUGCGCGCACCCACCCACCCAUACACACACACACACACACACACAGGCCCAGGCAAGGGGCUUGACAGACGCCCACGGCGGGGGAAGGCAGUGCACGUGUUGGAUUUCCUUGGGAUCGAUUUCCUCAAGCUGGGCACUUCCCCUUUUGGCCACGCCAUGUAGCAGAGGGGAGACAGGAGGCCUGGCCCUUGCCAGGGGAGAACAGUGGAGCUGAGGUCACCAGAUCGACGGGGGAGGCCCUAGGUUUGGGGUUUGGGGAUUGUCUGUGCUUCCACCUCAAAGGCUUGCAAGGCAGAGCCCCUGAGCCACCCCAUGCGAGUGCCUUCCUGCAAGUGGACGUGAGCAUCUCCUGGGUGAGGCGCCUGGCCAUGCUGGGUCCCUGCUGGACUCACCCCCUCUCUCACCGGGAGGGCCCUGGGGGUAAGGCCUGAGCAGGGGGCACAGCCCCUUCUGCUAGGCCCCAGUGGGGAGACCCUGGGCACAGGAUACUGUCAGAGGGCGGUUUUUGAGCUUUCUAUAAGCUAUAGCUUUGUUUAUUUCACCUGUUCACUUCCUGUAUAAUUUAAAGUCAUUUAUGUAGCUGAGAAGACACUUCUGUAUUUCAAUCAUAUUGUGAACGUUUUAUUUUGCUAAAUCUUGUGUCAUGUGUAGGCUGUAAUAUGUGUACAUUGUGUUUAAGAGAAAAAAAAAAUGAAACCCACAUGCCGCCACUUUCCUGAAUCAAAUUCUACAGUAGAACGGAGGGUAAGACAUCUACUGGGCAGGCAGCUAGACUGGCAGGGCAGAGGGAAGAGAAGGAAGUGGCCACCGAGACUCCUGGAGCGGCAAGGAGGAGGCCCCUCCACGUGCUUGCUCUGGGUCAACUGGCCCCGGGGAGGCUGCUUCACUCCCAGCCCCCUUACCCCACCAAGUGCAAAGCCAUGAUUUCUCCUAAAAAAACAAACAAACAAAAAAAUCUAAGGCCCACGGGAGCUACGAUUCCAAGUUUCCAUUGCCUCCUCUGUGCCUUGCAAUCAAGGCAACCCCAGGCCCGGUUCUUGCCUCUCGGGCAAGCCCUUGCAUCGGGCCAGGGAAGGUGACCCUAGGGGACUCCCUGAGCUCCAGACCUGCCGCACGGGAGCCACGCCCACCCAUGAGCACCGUUCUUCACACUACAGACCGUGGACAGAAAAGGAACUUACUGGAACUACUCUGUCCAGGAGAGUUGUUGGCCCCUAGGAGACAACGCCCUUCCCUGUCCCAUGCCUUCCUCUUCCUCUUGUGCAAGGCGAUUGGCAGUGUAGAGGACCCCAAGGUGGCACCCACGUGUUUGGCUCCUGGAUAGCUAAAUAAAAAUAUUGCCAGAGUAUUUUUUUAAUCAUAGAGAAACACGUAAAACAAAGUGGGGGAAGACAGAGGUGAUGCCUAUCACCAACGUCAAGGCUGGCUCUUUGGAGAUAAGAGGAGAACUUAGAGAAUGGUUCAUGCUUUGGGGGUGGGGCUUUAGAUUGUCCUGACUCCUCCUACCCCCAGCCCCUUGCCAACCUUUCUCCUUAGCCAGUCUGCUGCCCUGCAACCCAGAAGUGAUGGAGAGAAACCAACCAGAGAAAGCCCUGUCUGGAAGGAAUGUAUUUGUUGCUAAAUUUUGUAGCACUGUUUACAGUUUUCCUCCAUGUUAUUUAUGAAUUUUAUAUUCCGUGAAUGUAUAUUGUCUUAUAAUGUUGCAUAAUGUUCACUUUUUAUAGUGUGUCCUUUAUUCUAAACAGUAAAUUGGUUUUAUUUCUAUCACA